GCCGUCGCCACCGCGGCUCGGCGAGUCUUCCUGACCGGCCCUGGCGUUCCCACUCCGCCGGCUCGGCUGCUCUGGGACUCGCCCGCCGCCGCCGCUCGGACGGUCUUUCUCCCCGGGCGGGGGCCCGCCCCGGGAGCAGGCGGAGCCCCUGACAGGACCUUGUCUGGUUGGUGCUGAGCGGCUGUCAUGAUCUCUGCAGCGCCUCUUUACAGCGGGGUGCACAACUGGACCAGCGCCGAGCGGAUUCGCAUGUGUGGACUCAACGAAGAGAGGAGAGCGCCACUUUCUGAUGAAGAAUCUAACACCAGCAGUUCCCAGCAUCUGGGGUCCCCGGAGUUCUGCGUUGGCAGCAGCUUUUCCAAGGUGGAGCUCACAGCAAUCUCGAGUAGCGGCAGCAGUGCCCCAGGGUUCGAGGCAGAGGGCAUCGUGGAGGAGAAGCUCGGGCCCAAGCUUGAAGGCCAGCCUCACGAGCCAGACUGCACCGGGAAGCCCUCGAAGGGCGGAGAUGCCAGCCAAGGGGACGCCAGGGAGGCGGAACCCACCAAACCGGAGAGCAGCGGCCUGGACUGCGUUUGGCCUCCCGCGAAGAAGGAGGCUGACAUCCUCCCCGCCUGCCCCAGGGCUCCCGAGAGCGAGCACGCCAGCAGGGAGAAGAGCACCCUGCCCGCCGGAGUGGCCAUCACCACCGCCUCCACCACUACCACCGGCUGCACCACUCUGGCCUCCACCCCAGCCACUUUCACUUUGAAGAGCGUCUGUUUCCCCACGUCUCAGGCCGCCGCUAUGCAAAAAAUGGCCCUCUCCUUCCAGCCAGGAGCGGUCCUGGCCCCCAGCCAGCCCCUGGUUUACCUCCCGCCCUCCAGCUGCGUGGCCGCCCUUCCGAGCCCGCUCGGGGUCUCGCCCACGCUCACCCUGCCUGUCUUACCCCCUUUCCGGCAAGACCACUGUCUGCCGGGGCUCCUCGCCCCCUCGGAGCUGCAUUCGUAUUCGUAUGCCUUCUCCGUGGCCAGGCCUUUGGCUGCGGAUUCCAAAGUGACGCCGGUGGAUGCGGGCCAGGUGAGCAACCCUCCUUUGUCGGGAGAGAGCAACGCCUCUGCUGCCACCGGCCCUUCCCCUCCCUCUGACAGCGCAGAUCUGCCGCCCAGCACCCCUGCAUUGGUGGCAUCGUGCGGGAGCAGCAUCCCCAGUGUGCUCGCCAGGGCCCCCGCUGCCCCAGAACAGCUCGCCCAGGGCGUCCUGGCGUCCAUCUCCCCGCUGAAGUCCCCUCCGCAGCUGGAGCGCGAGAUGGUGUCCUCGCCGGAAUGCAGCGAGAUGCCGCUGGACCUCUCCUCCAAGUCCAACCGCCAGAAGCUGCCUCCGCCCAGCCAGCGCAAGACGCCCCCCAUGCCCGUGCUGACCCCGGUGCACACCAGUGGCAAGGCGCUGCUCACCACGGUGCUCUCCAAGUCGCAGCGGGUGGCCCAGGCCGUGGGCUCUCCGGCCUCCGCCUCGCCCUUCGUCAUCUUCCCGGAGUUCCUGCGCAAUGGGGAGCAGGGCCCCUGGGUGAAGAACUCGACCGCCCUCAUCAGCACCAUUCCGGGCACCUACGUGGGGGUGGCCAACCCGGUGCCCGCUUCCGUGCUGUUGGGCAAAGACUCCGGCGUCAGCUUCAACCGGGACUCCCGCCACCUCCCCAAGCAGGAGCCCAUCUCCAUUGUCGACCAAGGGGAGCCCCGAAAUGCCGGGCCGCCUUUGGGGAAGAAGGGGGGUGCCGCCAGUACGGACGGGCAGGCAGAACCCCCGCGGCAGCUUGCUCACGGCAGAAGCGUUCCAGGGCCCCCGUUACGCUCAACCAAGGAGCUGUCACUUUGGAAUCCUGGCCAGGGCAGUGUUUACCCACGAUGCUCAGUCAAUGGGAAGCCGGCCAGUCCUCAGCUUCUGCCGGUAGGGUGGUCACCCUAUCACCAAACACCUCUGCUUUCGAUCGGCAUCUCAACAGCUGCCGGGCAAGUCCCUCCCAAUCCAGUCGGUCCCUCCAAGCCAGCUGGGGCAGCCGAGCUGGCCGCGUUCCCCAGUGCGCAGCCGGCGGAAUCUGGCUCGCUGGCCCAGAAAACCCCCGAAGCCUCCUCGCAGGGCAAGAACUGCAAGACGGCCUUGCCCAACGCAGCUAACCCCCUGUUCGUGUCUCCAGUGCUUCAGACCAGUCCUCCAGACUCCAGGGGCUCCAAAGCCCCUGCUCCGAAUCACGGCUGCGACAGAGCGGAGGCCGAUUCCACGGUCGGCAGCGUUCCCCAGUCAGAAGCUCCCCCGGAAGUCCUCAAGCGGUCUGGGGACAACAAACCGAAAAACCAAGUCUUAACCACCUAUCUGGCCCGUGACCUCCCCUUGGCCGGCCAGCCUGGUGUGCGAGCACCCUCCGAGUCAGCGCCGCUUGCAGAGAGCCAGUGCAAGGCCCCGAGGUGCGACCCGUCCCAGAACCAGCCAAGCACGGAGAUUCCUGCCCGCCCUGUUCACCAGGUGGACCUCAGCCGGGUGAAGAAGGAGCGGGUGGAGCCGGACGUGCCCUUUGCCUCCACCACCUGCCUGCACGCCUCGAAAGAGCCUCCCAAGGCCAAGCUCAAGGGGAUGGCCCACAUCAAAGUGGAGGGGGGCUUCCCCUGCAAGCCCAAGAGGCAGCGCGACGAGCUGGACCGCCCAGCCCACAAGAGGCCAAAGUGCCGAAGCAGCGAGGAAGCCGUCGCUUCGUGCAAGUCGAGCAGCCAGGAUCCGCACUCUCGCAAGUGGCGGAAGCAUCACAGCGACCUCCGUGACACGAAGCGUGAGAGCCGGUUGGGUUCCACAAAGGAGCGCAGCAGCCUCCGAGUGAAGCGCAAGCGCCGGAAGCCAUCCCCGGGGCAUCAGGGGCACAACUGCGAAGAAGCUUUUGUUGAGAAGAAAGCAAAGAACAAUUUCCGGGACUUCAUCCCCGUGGUGUUGAGCAGCCGGACACGAAGCCAGUCAGGAAGCAUCGGGGGCUCCUCCGCCAGCGUGCUCGGGGAUUGCGACGGGGCCGGCCACGAGAUCGUUCCGCUGCUGUUAGAGGAGGAGGAGAAUGAUGAGGAAGAGGACCUGCUGUCCCUGAAGCAUCGCCGGCUAAGGAAGUCUCACCGGCUCUCCCCGCACUCCGGCUACCGAGACAAAGAGAGAGAGAGGUCCCGUUCGGAGCGGAGCAGCCUUCACCCGAGCAAGGCUCAGGAGCUCUUGUGGCAAGUGGAAGCCACCAGGCAGCUGUGCGACCGCAAGGAAGCUGAGGAGGAGAGUGGCCACGUCAAGAGGAAGAAGAGGAGGCGGCAGAAAAGCUGGAAGUACCAGACAGGGGAGUACUUGAUCGAGAGGGACAAAGAAGAGCACACGAGCUGUUGUCACAAGCGGCGGAAAGCGAAAGCAGACUUCAGGUACCGGAAGCACAAGGGGUCCACCCCAGGCAAAGGCUCAGAGCUGCGCCUGCGGAGCCGGCUUUCUCCAGCCCUCCAAGGGCAUCUGGACUUCCCAAACGGAUUCCUCUUGGAUCACCCAGACUCGCCUCCUAUCCAGGAAGUGCUAGAGAAGCCAUCCGGAAAACGCAAAUGCAAAACCAAACAUUUGUCUGGCAUCUGUGAAGAGAAGGCCAAGGCACGAUGGAAUCAGUCCAAGACGCGCUCUCCAAAGAAGUCCCGGGAGCCCUGUCCGUCCAGCAAGUCACGGCAGCACAGCUCAGAAAAGACCUCAGAACCUCCUGCGGCCCCGCCAGUGCCCCCUGAAGCUCGGCGGCUGAUCGUGAACAAGAACGCUGGGGAGACGCUGCUGCAGAGGGCAGCCCGGCUCGGUUACAAGGAAGUGGUGAUGUACUGCCUGCAGAAAGAAAACAACGAUGUCAACCACCAGGACAACGCAGGCUACACCGCCCUGCAUGAAGCCUGUGCACGGGGCUGGAUAGACAUCCUGCACAUCUUGCUGGAGCACGGCGCAAACGUCAACUGCAGCGCACAAGACGGCACCAGGCCGGUUCAUGAUGCCGCGGCAAAUGACAACCUGGAGACCAUGUGGCUCCUGCUUUCCUACGGUGCUGACCCCACCCUGGCCACCUAUUCGGGGCAGACGGCCUUGAAGCUGGCCAGCAGCGAGGGGAUGAAAAGCUUCCUUCGUGAUUACCUCUUGGACCUGCAGGGGCGAGCUGACGGGGACCCCCGAAUGGCCUGGGAGUUCUAUAGCAGCUCUGUGCUGGAGGGGAAAGAUGAGAUCCGCUGUGACCUUUUGCUCAACCCACCGGGGAGCUCGGAUCAAGAGGAAGACGAGCAGGAGUCAGACCGCUUCAUGUUCGAGUUUUCCGACCAGCAGCUGCUCCCCUGCUAUAAUCUGCAGGUCUCCGUCUCCCGGGGCCCCUGCAACUGGUUCCUCUUCUCCGACGUACUCAAGCGCCUCAAGCUCUCUUCCCGGAUCUUCCAGGCUCGUUUCCCGCACUUCGAGGUGACCACCCUGCCCAAGGCAGAGUUCCAGCGCCAGGUGGCUUCGAGCCAAGUGCUAGCUGCUGAGGAAUCCAGGAGCACCUGGUGCCCCCCCUUGGCUCCGGGCACUGUAGAGACGGUGGAGCUGGUCCGCUAUGAGCCAGAGCUGGUCCGGCUGCUGGGCUCGGAGGUGGCGUUCCAGGCCUGGAGCAGCUGACGG